AAAAAAAAAAAAAAUGUCCAGGCUGUUCAUCAAGUCAAUCCUCCCCACCACAAUCUUCGCCCGACCUUUGGUCACUGCAUCAUCCACACAAAGACUCGCCUCGGCCGCCGCUAGGAGAACACCAUCAGCACCAGUCCCCUUCCUAGCCUGCACGCCGACGACGACGACUCGGAUCCCCGCCCGAGGCUUUCGCAGCACCCCCGCAAACAUGACUGUCCACGAGGUCACGACGGGCGACGAGUUCAAGGCCGCGCUGGCCGGCAACAAGGUCGUACUCGUCGACUUUUACGCCACCUGGUGCGGCCCGUGCCGCAUGAUCUCGCCCAAGGUGUCCGAGUGGUCCGAGAAGUUCCCCAACAUCCACUACGUCAAGGUCGACGUCGACACCGUGCCCGAUGUCUCGCAGGAGUACGGCAUCCGCGCCAUGCCCACCUUCCUGCUCUUCAAGGACGGUGAGAAGGCCGACGAGGUCGUCGGCGCCAACCCUCCCAAGCUGGAGGCCCUCAUCACCGCGGCGCACGCAGAGGUUUGAGUCGGCGUGUCUGCAUGGUAGCAUCAAACUCAUCGUCGGCAUUUACGGCAUGGGCGCAGGAUGGAAAAGAUGCUCGAAUAUAUAAAUAAGCUCCCAAAAAAAAUACACCACUGUCAUCAGUUCCUAUGAGGACAAAGAUGCUAUAACACAUGGUAUCAUUAAACGUGUGCGAGUUACAGACUGCUGCAGACUGUGUAUGCCUUGUUAAAGCAGCGCUGAGCAGGAG